UCACGUCGUUUGGUUGGGAAUUCUGCAGGUCCAACGUGGUUGAGAAUCACUUCGUUUGUUGUUGCUUAUUACUGCGGCAGAAGUUCAGGAGAGAGUGGUUCGACUAUCAGUUCUAGAGACAGGCGAAGAAACGACAGCUAUACGGGUGAGAAGAAGAUUUAUGCCAACAAUGGAGGUGGCGGUGGGGGAGACGGCGAUGGAACAACGGCCACAGAUCGGAGCAAGCUUGUUUUCUUCGAUAGAAGGAAGCAAUUUGAGCUGGAGGACCUGCUCCGGGCAUUGACGAAGAUGCUGGGAAAAGGAAGCCUUGGGACGGUCUAUAAAGCGGUAUUGGAAGAUGGGUGCACGGUGGCGGUGAAGAGGCUCAAGGACGCGAACCCAUGUGUGAGGAAAGAGUACAUGGAUUUGAUUGGGAAUCUCCGACAUCCGAACCUGGUUCAUCUCAGGGCUUAUUAUUACGCCAAGGAGGAGAAGCUACUUGUCUACGAUUACCUCUCCAAGCUUGCAUUCUCUUCUCCAUGGUAAUGAUUAAGUAAUCACGACUCAUAGAGAUUUGAUGCAGUCGAAUUGAG